UUUUAUACACCUGUGCAAGUCGGAGCAGAGUCCAAUUAAAAGCAGUGCUGGGAUUACAUACAAACUGACGGACCAUAUUCAGCGGAAAGGUGGCUUUUUCUCACUGUGGCUUUCUUCCGAAACCAGGGAUGCCUUUUUUAAAGAACAAAUCGGCGUGCCUGAUUUAAAAAUGAAUUAUCCUCAAACAGAGGGGGAAGAAAAAAUACAGAAUGAUGAGCUGGAAUGUAAAAUUUGUUACCAGAAAUUUAAUGUUCACAGUCGCAAGCCCAAAAUCCUGGACUGUCUUCAUAGGGUGUGUGCUAAGUGCCUGACAAAAAUCCUCCACGUUGGAGAUGGCUCUCUUUGUAUUAGCUGUCCUUUCUGCCGGCAUGAAACAGAGCUACAGGAAGAAGAAGUGGAAGGACUCCCCGACGAUACAAAUGUCAUGUCCAAACUCAUGACAAAAGACAAAACAACAUGGAGUUCUGACUGCAAAGAAGUUGUCUUGACACCAAAGAACUUGGCUUCUUCAAGUCCUUCGCAUGGAUCAUCAAACUGCUUGGUGAUAACAAUCAUGGAAGUACAGAGAGAUUCCACAAGAACUCCAAGCCAAAACACUCUCUCCGAUUAUUACACGGAUCACAGCCUCGACUCCACGUCCGUAAACUCUCACAGCCAACUGGAUCAAGAUAUUUUCUCUAAGCUCUGCAAUCAUGUCCCCAGAAUACUUGUGUGGCUACUUGGAUUUUUCUACUUUGGCUCUUUGCCACUUGGAAUCUAUUUAUUGGUGAUUCAGAAAGUGACCCUUGGAAUUGUCUGUGUCAGUCUUGUUCCAUCCAGUCUAACAGUAUGUCUUGUGUAUGGUUUCUGUCAAUGCCUCUGCCAGGGCAUGUGUGACUGUUCUUCUAGAAACUGAUAUUUUCAAUAUCGGAACUAUAAACCUUCAAAAAUAUAUGCUAAUGAA